AUGGCCGCAGUUUUCUGCGACGGCUCUGUCUCCGCGCGUGUCUUAUUGCAUCUUCAACGCGAUUGGGAUUCAUCGUCGUCCAGGGCUUCUCUUGAACCUUUCAAUACUGUCCUAGACUAUUCUCCAUCUUUCUCUGAUUUAUCCCGUCACAAUGAUCUGCAAAAGCUGCCGCACGACGAUGUUGUUCCGAUUCAACCAGCAGCCAGUGAUCCGGACGGCUUCAGCAUGCGCACGCCAGCUGCCUCUACAGUGAUAACAACUCUCCUGUGGCUGCUACUCCUUCUCCGCCCUCCCCCCCGCCAACCCACGGUCGGCGACCUCACAACCCCGUCCGCCAUCUCCUCCGCUACCCCCGGCGUUUCUCAGCCUUUGAGCACCCCCGAAGGUGUCCACACCGAUGCCAACCCCGGAGCUUCAACAAAACCCACUGUCGUACGCCCACCGAGCAGCUGCCCGGCUGGAACCAAAUUGAACGGACUCAACUACUUCAAGAACAAGCCGGAUGUCUUCGCUAAGGAGGAUUCUGAGUACCCAGAUUGGCUAUGGAACCUCCUGGGAGAUGCCACCAAGGACGCAAAGACUAAGCAGGGUGGUGUUGACCCAAGCACCUUGAACAAGAAGCAACGAAAGCGUUAUGAAAAGAAGCUAGCCGCCCGUACUGGCCCCCUCGCCGCUAAGAUCCCCGCUCACCACCACGCUCACGAUAUCACCCCUGCACCCUACAACCGCGACGCUCCUUCAGCAGAUGCCAUGGCCGAUGCCACCGAAGGCUUCGAGCAGCGCUCGGAGAUUAUCAAGAGUGCACGCGAUGCCAGGCGGAAGGCCAUCAAGGAGUCCAACUUCCUCCGCGGUCUGUAAUCUCGUGUUAUGUCAAUUCGAGUGGAACACAUGAAAGCGAUUGUACUUUUCUUGUUGGGUUUGUGUCGCAGGGCGCCCAGAACCGCCUCAAUACUGUUGGAUAUUGGAUAGACCGGGCUCUUUGGAGCAUCCGGGAUGUAUUAUUACAUUGAUUUGUUUUUCGAUUGUGCUAUAUAUCAAAUGAUACUUGUCUUAGAU